AUGAAGCUCGAGCUACUCCUAGGACUGGGAGCGUCGAUUGCCAGGGCCACGAGUUGGCCAAUGGUAGGCCUUGACGCAUAUAGAAACUACGAUCUCUACAACCUUCGCCCAGGAGAAGAAACUCACCAAUUCUCGUCGUAUGAUCGCCAAGACCACAAUGAUGAUGGCUUCAACGGCACGUACUCUUGCCUUCGCAUGCAAGGCACCAGAUGCGUUAUCGCCGAGUACAACGGCCCAGGAGAGGUUGCCUCCAUUUGGUUCACAUAUGAGCCGGAUAGUGUUGCUAAAAUAGGCGACAUCAUCAUCAACCUCGAUGGCAAGGAUGUUCUUACAGGAAGUCUCCAGGACAUUGUUAACAGUUUGCACGCUGAGCCGUUCGUCUGGCCAUUUGUCGGCAACACGAAUGACACAAUGGGUGGCAAUGUUAUCAAGGUGCCGAUGCCAUUCAGCAAGCGUAUGCUCAUUACCACUCAGAACAACCCACAUUUCUAUCACGUAACAUACCGCCGGUUCCCUCACAAUGUCAAACCUGCUACCUUUGAUCCGAAAGCCUUUGUACACGACGUUGUCGUCGCGCAUACGAACUUCGGAGUCCAAGACCCAAAGGCUAUUGGAGGCAAGGGUGGCGCAUUGAAUGGAAAGCAUGUCUCCGGCAGUCUGAAUACAGCUACUGGUGCUACCAUCUCGGAUAAAUGUGGCAUCAUGUCGGCAUUGUCUCUGAGAAUUCCUUCUAUUCAAGGUACCUCAUUUGUGGAAGAUGAUGGUCGCGCAUUCGGCAAAGGUGGAAGCAGCUCGUUUACAAUGCAGCUAGACCCAAGCAACAACCAGUGCCGGCUUACUCGAAGAGUUGACCGGACUAUUGGCCACCAAAAAGUUUCAGUCAAGAUCAACGGUCAUGAUUCCGGGACUCUUGAUAGCGGUGAUGCAGCUGACGGCGUUUGGGAUGACCAAGUGGUCUCCAUCCCUUCUGAGGUUACUAGAGGUGGUGGUAGCAUGAACGUUACCGUCACAUGCCAGUCCUCGGAUUUAGAUUGCAAUGAGUUCUUCUAUGCCGUACAUUGCAAGUCUGAAAGUGGAUAUUGGAAGGCACCUGGAUACAUGCCCAGCAAAGACUGGGUGUUGAUGGACCUCCUCAAUGUUGGCUGGAACAACCAGCAUGAUGAAAAGGCGCAUAAUUACAAAAUUUCGGGGCAAACAUGGCAAGGCUUGCGCCAGUUUACAUACCAAGACAGUAACCACAGCGAAGACGCCUUGCCAGAUAUUCGCAUCUCCUUGUCGUUUGACGGAAAGGAUUCUGUUUCCGCUGUACCUAUUGGCCCAUUCUUUGGAGCUGGAAUUGCCAAAGGCUUGACGAGAUCUCUUAUGCUCUCUGUCGACUCUCUGAUCCCUAAUGGGAUGUGGACAACGUACUUCCCGAUGCCGUUCCAAAAGAGCGCACGUAUCAAGCUCACCACUGGUGACGGGAAGCCGGUAGAAGCAACAUUUGACGCCAUUGUCCAACCAUGUAAAGGAGACAGACCAUCAACACAGUCCUGGGGUCAUUUCAGUACCCAGUACCGCAGAGGUCCUACUACAAAGGGCAAGCUGUGGCCGUUCCUAUCCACCAAGGGCCCGGGAGUUGCUUACGGCGUAACACAUACAUUCCGCGGAUCUAUUCUGGUCCCAGCCAAUACGCUCGAGUUCCUUGAGGGUGAUGAGCAGGUAUGGCUCAAUCGCACAACACCUGGUGGUAUCAACGACACAACUGCCACAAUGAUGGGGACUGGCACUGAAGAUUUCUACGAGAGCGGGUGGUACUUCCAGGAUGCCAAUAGCCCUGGAGCGCCAGUUACAGUUCCGUAUGCUAUGCCGUUUACCGGUUUGACGAACACGGCUUACGGUGUUUCGUCCCUCGGGUGCAAGGGCUCGUGCUUGUCGGUGUAUAGACAGAUGAUUGCUGACUCUCAGGCAUUCCCCAAGGACGGGAUUUCGUUUAAUAUUGAACAUGGGCCAGACGGGAACAACAUUGAUGCAGAAUAUGAGACGUGCGCCUUCUACUAUGCUUAG